CAUCCUCUUUACUUUCAAAAUCAUGACGGGGGUGGCGAUGGAGAACACCGUGAUCGGCGAACUGGAUUACGAUAGAGCUAAAGAAAUCAAGCAAUUCGACAGCUCCAAGCUCGGAGUCAAAGGCCUCGUUGACUCUGGCCUCACCUCCAUCCCCCGCUUCUUCAUCCACCAGCCCGAAUCUCUACCCGACCCCCGACACCAUACCAAACCCGAUAUCCCAAUCCCCACCAUCGACCUCGCGGAUCUUCACACCCAUCGCCGCUCCUCCAUCGUUGACCAAAUCAGCCGCGCCUGCCGCACGUUCGGGUUCUUCCAGAUCACUAAUCACGGCAUCCCAUCCGUAAUCCUGGACCGCACGAUCGCAGCCAUCAGGGCCUUCCACGAGCAGCCGACGGAGGUGAAAGCGCGCUUCUACCGUCGAGAGAUGGGCACGGGUGUAUCGUAUUUCUCCAACCUGGACCUCUACAGCUCAAAAGCCGCCAGCUGGAGGGACACGCUUCAAAUGAGGUUGGGCCCGAUUCCACCGGUUCCUGAAGAAGUUCCGGAGAUUUGCCGGGUGGAUGGUUGGGACCGUGAGAUCAAACGGCUGGGAGAGGUGCUUAUGGAGUUGGCGAGCGAAGGGCUGGGAUUGAAUUCUAAGAGGUUGCAGGAGAUGACGUGUCUGGAAGGGAGGGCGAUGGUGGGGAAUUACUACCCGUACUGCCCGCAACCUGAUCUAACGGUUGGGCUUACAUCUCAUUCUGACCCAGGAGUGCUGACCGUGCUGCUUCAGGAUCACAUGGGUGGGCUGCAGGUGAAGUGCGGUGAGGGUUGGGUGGAUGUGAAACCUGUCCCCGGUGCUCUCGUUAUCAACGUUGGGGAUUUUCUUCAGAUUAUUUCCAAUGGUGAAUACCAAAGUGUAGCUCAUCGUGUGUUGGCGAACUCAUCCCGUGAACCACGUGUGGCCAUCGCUGUGUUUUUCAAUUCGAGCAGAAGGGAGGACUCGUAUGGGCCAUUGCCGGAGCUAGUCUCCCCGUUGAAGCCGGCACUUUACCGGCAGUUUACGCUCUCGGAGUUCAUGCAAAGGUUCUUCCAGAAAGGAUUGGAUGGCAAAGCUUUGCUAAAUCACUUUGAGCUGUAAAAUACUACUAUUUGACCAAAACUGUACGAACUAUUUGAGAUGUGUGUAACUUAUCUUUACUAUAAUAAAAAUUAGCAGCAUUCAUGGGUAGCCCUCUAA